AAUUCUCUGAACAAAGUAGCUGGUGGAAUAUACCUUAGCUGAAUCGGUGCUCGUUCUGAUCACAUUGUCACCAAAUUCGAGAAUACACACAUCUGGCUUCCAACACGUUCACCUAAAAUUCCUAGCCGGUAAAUUUUUUCCAUUGAAUUUUCUUAACAUCAAAAUGAACGAUACCGGCGGUGAAUCCUGUUCAAAUGAACCACUAACUAAAGAAUUAGUUGGCAAAGAAACCCCAACUCCAUUAGCCGAAGCUGUUAUGACAGUUGCACUUAAUGAAUUGAACGAGAAUGCCGCUUUCAACAAUGAUUUAAAUCCUCAAAAUGCUGCUGCUACUUCAGGAGUUCCUGUUCCUGUUCCUGUAACUGAGGAGAAAAUUAUCCCCCAAGAAGGAGAGGAACUAGUUCCAUCAACCGACGAAAGUGAGGUUAUCCCAAAAGAUCCCGUUACACCGAAUGAUCUAGAUCCAACAGGACCUUCUGUCGCCGCAGUAGCCACCAUUGAAAAUACAUUUAAAAAUGAGCAAACCACUGACGUCACAACUGAUUCAAAUAAAAUGGAUCCUAUUCCAAAAACUGAUGCUGAUGUCCCAGAAGAAAAUGAAGACAUUAUGGUUCCAGUUGUGGUUCCCGAGGAGGCACCAGUUCCUGAAGAGCCACUUCCAGUCGUCGUGGAAGUACCACCAGUUGCUCCGGAGCCACUAGUUCCGUCAGUGGAGCGAUCAAAAACUCCCGAUCCGAUCCAAACCGCUCCAGAAAGACUUCAGAUUCCAGAAAGUCUACUACCACCAGACUCCUUUGGAUCGGGAUUGUUUGGGGUAUCACAGCCGUUUGGUGCUUCGGAACCGUUCCUGCCACCGGAGCCGUUAAUGCCGGCUGGAGCGUUCGUCAAUCCAGGACCAUUUGGACAAUCUGAGCCGUUUGUAGCACCCGGAGCGUUUGUGCCACCGGAGGCGUUCGACCUGCCGGAUGGUUUUCUUUCGCCAGCAUCAUUAAUCCGACCGGAAUCUCCACUACCAUGGCGCGGUCCAUCUCUACACAAUCCAUUCUCAUUAUUCAACACGGCUGUGGAAUUCGAUCACGAUGGUUAUGUCCUCCUGGCCCAGCCGGUACCACACUCCGAGCCGCCCAUUAGGGUUACCGACUUUGACGAAGAAGAUGACUACCUAUAUCCGAUUCCCGAAGAGCCAUACUAUCCAACCGGACCGAUAGAUUACUUCCACGAUGCAUUCCCCAUGCCGGAGCCACAGCGCUAUCCGGUGGCACUUUCCCUAUUCACCGCAGAGAUCAUACACGAGGAGAUACCGGAAGUCAUACCCCAGGAACAGACCCCGGAGGAGACCCCCGAAGAGCCGGCAAAUGAGUCGGCCGAUGAGUUGAUGGACGAGACUCCGCCACCAGAUGAGACACCCGAGGACAAGGCCACGUCGCGAAAACUGAAGUUCGCCGGGAUCUGCCGGCUUAAGGACGAGACUCUGGAGCGCUUGUACAAUCUGGAUCGCCUCUCGGACGAGGAACUGGCAUCGGUGGGCCUGACCCGCAAGAGCCUGAUCGACGACUAUCGUCACCUGCACGAGCUAUCGAUGCUCCGGGAGAGGGAGCAGGAGAAGCGUCGUCCGGUGGCGCCGCAAACCCAACGCCCCAGCCGCUCUCGGCUGCCGCAGUACCGGGCCAGGGAGGUGCGUCCGGUGAAGACCUACAAGUUCCAACUGCUUAACCAACUGGUGAAGGUGAUGAAUACCGAGAUCGAUCCUCUUACCAUUUUCCGUGAGCAGCAGUUCGAGUUCGAUGCCGAUUACUACGAGGACGAGACCGUCGCCCGGAUGCCAGCCAAGGAGCGUGAGAAGCGUCGCUUCGAGUCCUUCUGCGACCACCUGGACAACAUGUUCAUCAGCGGUGAUCGUAACAUGGCCAUCGACAUGGUCGUCGACGCCCUCAUCCGUCUCAACAAGCGCCGCAAGCAGUUGUCCAUCGCCGCCAGCCAGGGCAGUCGCCUUCGGGCCUAAUCCCAUUUCCAGAUCAUGUCCCUCAUGCGUCUCCGUUUCCACUUUCCGGCCAAGCCUCCUGAAUGGUUCGUUUCUCAAAAUCUAUACAGUUAGCGGAGGCCGGAAGCUGGAUGCGAUGCCCUUCCUGUUGAUUUGUUUAUUAUUUUAUUAUUUCAUUUUCCACGAAUAUACGAUUCUUGCCAGCUAGUGACAUUGUAAACAUUUUCAAAUAAAUUCGGAUUCCUAUGAAAAAUGCA